UCAAAAUGGAUUUCGGUGAUAACAUGAAGAACCCCUUCCUCUUCGAUGACCCCGCACCACCAACUACUGUUGGGGAUCCUGCUGUCAACCCCUUCCUUAUGGGAGGAUCGUUUGACUAUUCUGAAGCAAACUACUCUGGAAUUAAUCCAUUUAGUGACCAGAUUGAUGAUUCCAAUGCAGCUGCGGCUGGUCUAUUUGGGGAUUCAAUGUCAUAUCCCACUGACAUGAAUCCUUUUGGCAUUGUAACCUCGGAUGUUUCACACUUUGGCGAAGCAGCGCCACAGAUCGAGGAAGACAUAUUUGGAACACCUGUCUCUCAAGUCACUCACGACUCAGAAGACCUAUUCGGUAGCCCAACAAUGCCUCCAACAGUGUCACAAGUGCCGCCUCAUCCACCAGUGUCUCCAGCUGUCUCACAGGUGACACCCCAUCCACCAGCAUCUCCUGCUGUAUCACAGGUGGCACCUCAUCCACCAGUUCCUCCAGCUGUUUCGCAAAUGGCACAGCAUCCACCAGUUCCACCAGCAGUUUCGCAAAUAUCGCACCAUCCGCCGAUACCUUCAGCUAUGUCUCAAGUGGCACAGCAUCCACCAACAUCUCCAGCUGUCUCACAGAUGGCACAGCAUCCACCAGUGUCUCCAGCGGUUUCACAGAUAGCACAACAUCCACCAGUAUCUUCAGCUGUCUCACAGAUGGCACAGCAUCCACCAGUGCUUCCAGCUGUCUCGCAGAUGGCACACCAUCCACCAAUGCCUCCAGCCCGACCACCUGCACCGUCCUCCCCCAUUGUUGAUCUAAUGAGUGACAGUCCUGUUGUACAGGACGCCCCCACAGCUCCAGGGAGACCGCCGCCUCCCAGACCACCACCCCCAUCCAAAGAAACUAAAGAUCUUUUGCAAACGGUUAUAGGAGCCAUGGAGGCAACAACAGACACGCUACACGAAAAAUUAAAUAAAACCAGAUCGCCAUGCCCAUCCCCUGGGAGUGGAACCGCCACCUCGCGAAGCCCUACACCAGACAUCCAAAUCACCUCCCCUAAAAGGGAUUCAGAUGCCUUCAGUGCCAUAUUUGGUCAAACUAUAGACAUGAGUGAUCACGAGAUGGAUGAGACGAAGGCUGCUGCUACAGCUGCCCCGGCUCCUGCACCUGCUACCUCAGAUGAAUUUGAUCUUUUUGGUGACGCUCAACCUCUAAAACAAAAAACCAAUCAGGACAUUUUAAGUUUGUUUAAUAAGCCACAACAGAGACCAUCACCACAGGUUGACUUACUAUCUGAUGACUUAUUAUCGUCCACAGUACCCGCCAAAGAUAGUGAAGUAGAUAAAGAUAAAACAUCAGAUCUACUCUCCGGUGAUCCUUUUGACGAAAAAGAACCAUUAGAUGCUUUAUCUGCCGAAGACGUAAGCAAAGGCCAAGACCUUUUCACACCAUCUGACAAAGAAUCUGUCUCGAGCGAAACGCCUGCUGUUACGGAAACUUGUCUGUCUAUUGAGGCCCAGGGUGAGCCAGCUCUAGUGGAGGAAUCUGUUUCACCAGAGCAAAUCAGCGAAAAGACGGAUAGUGAACCUACUGUAAUUGAGGCUACUCAUCAAGAUACUGGCGAAGAAGCUAAUAAGAUACAUGUAAUGGAGGCCGAGGCCCUUGAUUCCUCCUCCGCGAACGAAGAAAAAGUAGAGGCUAUGGAAGUGUUUGGCUCUCCUGAGCCUGCUCCUCCAACCGUCAGCAGCGAACACUCGAAUUCUCCAGAAGUUUCUAGCCAUCUGAGCACUCCGGUAAAGCCAUCUCAUCCCGAGCCAGUGCCAGAAAUCAAUAGUUUAGAAGAUCAGACAAAAACAGAUGUAGUCGAUGCAUUUGGCAUAUCAGAUGUCCCUUCUUCUGCGAGUGAGCCAAAGGAUAAUGUAACUGAUGCGUUUGGAGACUCCAUCACAUUUGGAGAAACCAAUGCAUUUGCAUUUCCAGACGCAUUCGUUGCUCCCUCUAAACUUGAUUCAGGAACAGCGCUAUUUGGGGACACAUCAAGUUCACUUUCGAACUCUACUCCGAACAGCGACUCUCUUUUUGGUGCUCCACAAGCUGCCCCUUCAGCUGCAAGUCUUUUCGGAGACAUCUCAGAACCGGUGCCGCCACCAUCUCCAGCUAUUAGUCUGUUUGGUGACGUGACCCACCCUUUACCUCCAGAUUCCCCGGCAAACAGUCUCUUUGGUGACGUUGCGCAACCUGCCCCUCCGGCCUCCCCUGCAGUGGGCCUCUUCAACAAUACUUCCUCAACUGGGUCCUCAGGUUUUGAUAUCUUUGGAAGUGAAGCAGCUCCAAUUCCUGUACCGUCAGGAGCGGAUUCCACGGGGGCGGCUCUCUUCGGAUCUACAGCUCCUGCCCCUAACGUAGGAAUGAGCUUAUUUGGUGCAGGUGACGAGCCUUCGUUGGACAUCUUCGCCGAAAGUGAUGGUAACACAAUGGUCAAUCCAUUUGCUCCCCCGUCCAUAGCUCCGACUGCAGCGCUGACCAUUGGGGCAGCGCCCACAUCUACCAGUGGGGUGAAGGUUGCAACAGAUGAGGAAUUUGACGCCUUCUCUGCCAGAUUCGACAGCGCUACAGGCGAAGAGGGAGACGAGCUUCAUAUCGAUCCGUUUGCGUCCACAGCACGAGCACCGUCACCUUGGGGUGAGACCACUGGGUCGGCUGGAGCACCUGCCGAUGGCUUUGGGUUCGGCGACAGCGCUCCCUUCGACGCCUUCCUCGCUAUGAAUGAGCCACCACCGCCACCACAGUCGACGCCCCGGCGAGCGCCACGGCAGACGUCGGCAGACUCAGAUGAGGGACCAAUGACUGUGGUUAUCAAACCAGCAGGGCUGGAGGCAUCGGGUUCGUCACCGCGGUCCGUGUCUCCGAUGCCCGUGUUGGCACCGCCGCCCGCAUCUGCUGCCUCCACAGCCUUCACCGACUCCACACCCAGGUUCAACCCCUUCGACCGAGGGGCUGAUGAUGUGGCUGAGGCCGUCAUCGAUGCUACUGCUCGUCCCGGGGAACUGGAACGUACAGACUCACAAGAAACACCACCCACCCCGCUCUUCGAGGAGGACCAGUCCCAGCCACUAGAGCCCUACCCACGCACCCAGAUGCCAGCGCCCGUCUGGGAGAUGCAUCUACGCCAGCCCAACAAGAAGAAGAUUACCGGACAAAGUCUGUCUCACUUCAAAGACGGUCACGGAGGUUUGACGAACAGGUUCUGGAAGAAGGUGAUCGUCAAGCUGACGGAGGGCGCGGGUUUGCAGCUCUUCAACAGCAUUGAAGACAAGGAUCCCUUCCAGGAGCUGCCUCUCCAGGCCUGCUACUCUGUCUCUGAUAUCGGAGCUCAGCAGUUCGACCAGUUCGGGAAGAUCUUCACGGUGAAGGUUCAGUACAUAUUCUACAAGGAGAGGCCAGGCGUGCGUCCCGGCCAGGUCUCCAAGGCAGAACGACUCACCACUAGAAUCUCUAAAUUUGCUCACCACGCCAUCGCCGGGGACUACGAGCACGUCAAAGAAUUCGCCAGCGAUGUGCGCAAGUUGGGCAUGCCCGUGGAGCACGCCCCUCAGAUCUCCCAACUGCUCAAGCUCGGCACUCAGAACUAUGAGGAUCUCAAGGUUUUCGCGUCGCUGGUGGAGGAACAGCUGUUUAUCUUGACGGUGCACCGUGACCGUGCACUCAAUUACAAAUCAGAGGAGGUGCAGCUGACGGCGGUGGAUGAGUUGUACCUGGAGCAGGACCUAAAGGGAGUUGUUCACAGGAUGAUCGCAAGAGUCAGAAUAUUCUUCCUGGGUUUCAUCUCUGGUAUGCCAGAAGUGGACCUGGGGAUCAACGACAUGAGGAAGCAGGGGCGGGAAGUGGUGGGUCGCCACGACAUCAUUCCUGUUAUUACCGAGGAGUGGAUUCGUCUCGAGGCGGUGGAAUUCCACUGUUGUGUAAAUAAGGAAGAAUUUGAGAAGACUCAACACAUCAAAUUCAAGCCUCCUGACGCCUGCUACAUUGAACUCAUGAGGUUCCGUGUGCGUCCUCCCAAGAACCGUGAGCUUCCCCUGCAGGUGAAGACAAAGGUGACCAUCCAGGGCAGACGUGUGGACAUCUUUAGCGAGAUCCUCGUCCCUGGCUUCUCCGGGAGAAAGCUUGGACAGGUUCCAUGCGAGGAUGUGGUGGUUCGGUUUCCCCUGCCAGAGUGUUGGAUAUACAUGUUCAGAGUUGAGAAGCACUUCAGAUACGGCUCUGUCAAGUCAGCACACAGGAGAACGGGAAAAGUAAAGGGUAUUGAGCGGUUUAUGGGAACUGUAGAAACGCCGGAGUCUGCAUUGAUGGAAGUUACCUCAGGUCAAGCAAAAUACGAACAUCAGCACAGAGCCAUCGUUUGGCGCAUGGCUCGCCUGCCCAAAGAGGGUCAGGGGGCAUAUAGCACCCAUUCCUUCACCUGCCGCAUGACCCUCACAGCUUUUGACCAGAUGCCAGAGUCCCUAGACAAAUACUGUUACUUGGAGUUCACUAUGCCGGCCACUACAGUUAGCCACUGUGUGAUGCGCUCCGUCUCCGUCACCAGCGAGGAACCACCGGAGAAGUAUGUCCGGUACUUGUCUCGCCAUGAGUACCGUAUCGAGAUGACGUUCUCCUCGGGAUCUGGUCCAGCUGAUUAUAUCGCCGCCACUAUGAAGGAUCCAGAGAUACAGCAGAAGGAAGAGGCUGCACGCAAGCAGCAGGAGCAACAACAGCAGCAGAAUAAGGAGUCUAGUAGUGAUGACUCUUCUUAACCUCUGCCUCCUUGGCCCAUCUUACUCACAACAUGAAGGUUAACUCUGCCUCCUCGGCUAGUGUUGCUUCAGCAUUAACAGGGUUAUAGAGCCAAGUGUAGCAAGACUAUAGUGCAGUUACUGUUGACUUCUGCCAACACCAAGACAUCAUACGCGAUCUUGGGAAGCAAAAAAUAUGUUAUUGCAUGGUGCUGGUGUUAACAGUCUAUUUAUAUUGAACAUCAAGUGCUAGUUUACAGACAUUAUGAAAUAUUGCCUGUUGUGAUGUAAUUGCACAUAUAUAUGAAAUUAUUUUGGCAAAAGAAGAACAAUGUAUUGUAGUGCCUAACUGCGUAUUAUUAUUUUUGUGCCAAAAGCGAUAUGUUUUGGAAACUAGAUAAGCUAAGCUAAUAUAUUGUUGGGCACUCGUAACGAUGACUAAGGUGCAGCAAAUAAUUUAAUGUUGUGUAUUGUAUUAUAUGAGUGAGAGCAUUGAUAUUCAUAAGAUGGAGAGCUUGACUCUUCGUCACGUACCACAGUGGGACAGUUCCUUGUAGUUGUUGUCUCUGAGAAAAUUCUAUAUACCAAAAAGUAAAUUCUGAAAGAGUACUCAACGAGAUAAAAAGAAACUCCUUGUCUUGUUUUGUUGUCUAAUCUGCCUGUCUAAAUAAUACCCAGGACUGUGAUAGGUUUUUUUGUGGGGAGCUUCCUUGAGGACUUUUUCCGAAUGUGGUUCACUAUUAAUAGUCACCAAAUGCGUCGUCUAGUUAUCCUGGUUACUGUAUAUUUUGAAGUAGGUUGAAACGCGUGCGGAACACAUAUCUUAUUUCAUGAUUUACCCUGUUAUUGAUGAUCGCUUCUCGGCUAUGUAAUUCAUUGAUAGGAGAGGUCAUAAAAAACUUUAAAAUCUAGUUGUUACAUAAAAUAAACUAAAUAUAUAUAUAUAUAUAUAUACUGUAUAUAUAUAGCAUGCAGUAAAUUUCCUGUUGAAUAUUGGAUUUUCUGGAUCUGUGCCGUUAAAAAAAAAAAACACAAAAUAUAAACAAUGAGAAGUGGUUACCACGCUGAGACCCAUUUCUGUCUUUCUAAAGCAGACCGUCAUGUCGUGCUAGGCUACCCUCCUUCUCCUCUACUUACUCUUAACAUUUGUAAAUUUAAUAAUCUGAUUUGGUCUUAAAUAUCUAGCCAUUAUUCUUCUCUAUUCUCUUCCUUCAGCAUUUUAAAAUUAGUUGAAAUGCCUAAUUUAACGUUAUAUUUAGCCACAAUCUGGUUUGUAUCCUUGAGUUUCUUGUCUUUUUUUGUGGUAAGUAUACAGUCUUUGACUUACUGACUAUGUACUAUAAUUCACCGUAAUGUUUCGAAAAUAUCUAACUUAUACAGUUAUUUUGUAACUAAUUGCUCCUCUUUAUAUGCUAUAACUAUUUUUACUCAGUAAUUCUUUUCAAUAACGUUGUUCAACUUUUCUGUACAUAGUAAAUUAUUACUGCUUCCCGACUUCAAUGACCGAGCUAUGUUAUUGCAUAAAUAAGCCCUGCAUCACUGUGUUGCUCUUUACUUCCCGUCUUCAUGUCUCUUAAUUCAAUAAACUUACUCUUAAGCUUUCAUGUAUCGUACAUCCCUAUACUAUCUCAUUCUGUACUGCUGUACGUCUGUAAUACACAACAUAUCUUUAUCUAAGAUACAUCUUUAUCUAAGAUACAAUAUAUCUUUAUGUAAGAUACAAUUUAUCUUUAUGUAAGAUACACUAUCUUAAUCUAAGAUAUGUACUAUAUCAAGAUACAUCCUAUCUUUAUCUCUUAGUCUUGCCUUGUGGAGCUAACUUUUUCAGUGGAUUUUUGGUUGUCUCCUUUUCACGCUUCAUCAAUAGCCUACACAUAAACAUCUCAUUGUAGUAUCGAGCACAACAUGGUUUUGGGGGCCAAUAUAGAAUCGCUAUCUUAUGAGACAAUAGCUACCUUUCUAAUAUACCAAAUUAAUAUAUAUAU